CUAGGAUCGGAAAAGCGUACGCACGCACGUUCGAUUUUUAAAUGGAAGUUGGAAUGGAGUUGAGAUCGCCGGCGCUGCGCGAGCGCCGUCAGUGGCCCUCUAGUCGCCGCGACGCGCGCUCCGCUCCCAGCCCGCGUGCACCGAACGAACAUCACUUGCGACUGAAAAAAAAAACUUAAAAUUUAAAUUUCAAACGCUGCACAUUCGAAAUUCAAAUUAUCGAACACGUGUUUAUUUAAAGUUGGCGCGAACGCGUUUUUCACUGGCAGUGAAUAAAUUAGCGCGCGUGCUCACAAAUUUCACUUUUACCCGUGCUCAUCUCGUCUGCCGGCCGUCUGCGCGGGACCAUGGAUAGAUAACAAAUCGAAUAUAAUGAACGUUCAACAAAGCCGACGACCGAGCAUCUAUACAUUAACGCUGUCUAAUUACAGGCACAAAAUAUCAUAACAGUGUUCCAAGUUGUCCGACUCGAAUUACGUUACGUUAUGUCAUUAGCGCAAUGAUAAAAUGCACCGGUAGUAGUAUUGUCAUGCCAACGACGUAGACGCUAACAGUCACUCACGACGCGAAAUGACGGUGCUUAGAAAAAUGGAUGUGCGGUGUAUAUUAAUACUGUUAUUAUUCCAAACUUUGGUGGCGUGGUGCAGCGCGAAAUUUAUAGUAAUGCCUAAAGUGGAAUAUCCCACGGGCGAUGUUCAAGAAGAGAUCCAGGACAGCAUUAGAAACUUCAUACAUACCGGUCUCUACUCGCACGCGCACCUGGAUCCCUCGCAAGUGCAAGUGUCAACGCCGGUCAAGGUCACGCGCGACGGGCGGCUGGUGUCGCGCGCGGUGGCGCACGCGCACGAGCACGGGCACGCGCGCGCGCGGCGCGACGUGCGCGGCGCGGAGCACGCGCUGCCGCACGCCGUGCACUAUAACCUCACUGUUGAUGGGCGGGAGUUGAGGCUGGAUUUGCGGCCGUCGGUGAGCUUCAUUGCGCCGGCGCUGGUUGUGGAGCGGCAUGGCGACGGCGAGCGGACGCGGCACAGGCCGCAAGGGGGCGCCACUGGGUGCCACUACACGGGCUCCGUUAGGGGCCAGCCCGAAUCUAGGGUCGCGCUUUCGGCCUGUGAUGGACUGGCGGGCCUGUUAAGGACAGAACAUGGGGAAUACUGGAUCGAGCCGUCCAAUCAAGUCCCCACCGACGACUCGGCGGGGAGGCCACACGUGAUAUUCAAACGAUCAGCUGUCGACAAAGUCGAAGCUUACCACAGAAAAAAGAGAGCAGCAAACUACAGAACUGACAACAAUGAACAUUACAAACGAUAUUACGAAAAGGAAUACCAAAAGUUUCAUCCGAGGAGAAACACAAACACUAACGUUAGAAAAAACCACGACAGCAAAGAAUCAGCGGACAGGCGCUCACGAGAAUACGAGAGACUGAAACGCUUAGAGAACGCACGGAAAAAUCCUAUUGCAUUUAGAGCUGAGAUGCAAAGAAGAAGAGAGAAUAGAAUCAACCAAUCACUAUCAAAGAGUAAUUCUAUAGAGACUAGCAAUAGUAGAUCAAUGGAGAUGCCUUACGUGAGAAACGGACGGAAGAGGAUGAAUAGGAGACGAGGGGAUGGUCAGAAGAAGCAUAGGAGGCGUAGGAGGAAAGCGAAGAACUGUGCCACCAGGCAACCGCCGUACACGUGGAACAUCACAAGCGCUCGGGAAUAUGACAGAACGAGGAACAAUUAUAUUGCUAAUCAACGAGCUUCCGGUAACGCGCCGCGGCGACCUCGGUCCGUGAGCAAGCCUCAGCACGUGGAAGUAUUGCUGGUCGCCGACAAGUCCAUGACGGAGUUCCAUCAGGAUAACGAAUCAUUGGAGACCUACUUGCUUACCAUCAUGAACAUGGUUUCGGAUCUUUACAAGGACCGCUCGAUCGGCAACCUGAUCCAGGUGGUGGUAGUGAAGAUCGUGACCCUGCAGAACUCGCGCGACCUUCAGGUGUCGACCAACGCCGACACGACGUUGUCUCUCUUCUGCCACUGGCAGCAGCAGCUGAACCCCGUCAACGACUCGCAUCCUCAGCACCAUGAUGUAGCUAUCUUGGUGACUAGGCAGGAUAUCUGCAGUCUACACAACCAACCUUGCAACACCCUGGGAGUGGCGCACGUGGCCGGCAUGUGCAUCCCGGAUCGGAGCUGCUCCGUCAACGAAGACAACGGCAUCAUGCUGGCGCAUACCAUCACGCACGAGCUUGGACACAACUUCGGUUUGUACCACGACACAGAGAAGAUCGGCUGCAGCAGGCGGGAGGGGUCGACGUUGCACAUCAUGACGCCGGUGUUUGAGGCGGACAGCGUCCAAGUGGCUUGGUCGCGGUGCAGCAAGCGAGAUGUCACCAAUUUCUUAGACAAUGGAUUUGGUGAGUGCUUGGGUGACGAACCGUCCACUGAAAUUGACAAGUACAAAUAUCCAGAACUCCCCGCAGGAGUAAUGUACGAUGCGACGAAGCAAUGCGUGCUUCAGUUCGGAACGGACGCGACCGUCUGCACCGGUACGGAUCCGGAAGAGCUGUGCCAGCAUCUCUGGUGUCUCGUCAACGGGACCUGCAAGUCCAUGCUGCGGCCUGCCGCCUCCGGCACCACUUGCGGAAUCGAUAUGUGGUGUCAGAACCAGAAGUGCGUCCCUCGUGAGAGGCCGCCGGAGGCCCGGGACGGGGGCUGGGGCGAGUGGUCGGAGUGGAGCGAGUGCUCCCGGACUUGCGGCGGAGGCGUCGAGAUCAAAACCAGGGAGUGCGACAGCCCUAUGCCGUCCAACAACGGGAAAUAUUGCGUCGGAGAUAGAAGCCGAUACCGCACAUGCAACAGAGAAAAGUGCCCCAUAAACGAACCGUUGUUCAGAGACGUCCAGUGCGCGAAAUACAACAACAAGACCGAUAAGAAUAACGACACGGUCAUUGCUGAUUGGGUGUCAUUUUAUGACCAAGACAAGCCGUGCGAGCUGCAGUGCGUGCCGCGCAACAGUAACGAUUACGAGAUACUGCCCGGAUACGUGGCCGACGGGACGCCUUGCUGGCAGACCAUCGCCGGCAGAAAUUCACGAGACAUGUGCAUAUCUGGCGUGUGCUACAAAGUGGGGUGUGAUUGGGUGGUAAACUCGGAUCUAGAGGAGGAUGCGUGCGGCAUCUGUGGAGGGGACGGCUCGGCGUGCAAGACUGUGCAGGGCAUCUACAGCAAGGGCACCACUAAGCAGUCCGGCUUUACUGAGGUUGCCGUGAUACCAGCCGGGUCAAGAAACGUGAAGAUCCAAGAGAAAGUGAGCCCGGGAAAUUACAUUUCUAUUGGAAGUGCACGAACGAGAAAACUUCUUCUUAACGGAGGCGGAGCUCGUAAUGCUACUCUGACCGAGUAUUUCGUGGCUGGCUCCCAGGCGAUCUACGAAAGAGACCGCGACUGGGAGAAAGUGCAGAUAGUGGGACCGAUCCUAGAGGAUAUUAAAGUAUACCAACGAAUUUACCGCGGCAACCACCGCAACCCCGGCGUGAACUACCAGUAUACCGUCAGCAAGAGAUACCGGUACCGGCUCAGCGAUUGGUCACCGUGCAGCGCUACAUGUGGUCGCGGCCGCAUGUACCGCCAACACGAGUGCGUCACUGACAGUGGCCAAAAGGUGGAUCCGUCACAUUGUGACCAGCAAGAGCAGUUCAGCAGGGAGGCGCUCGUGCAAAUAUGCAUGCGAGCGCCGUGCACCGUGCGCACGCAUUGGCGCGUCGAGUCGUGGCAGCGGUGCAACACCUCCUGUAGAAUACCGGGGAAGGAGCCAACGAAGCACAGACGAGUUUACUGCGUGGACAAUGUAACAGGCCAGCGGCGAAGUGACGCCGACUGCGACCUCGCUAUGAAACCGAUGUCGACUAUCAUCUGUGCUGACAUACCGCCAUGCUAAAGAAACCUUGUAUAUGCAAUGAGAGCCAGUACAAUGUACCUUACGAUAUGAGGGUCUUUUUUAUCACUUACAGUGGAUAACUCAGGACACGAUAAGUAAUAUAAUCUAGACCGCAAUAAGCCACUUGGGUACGGUUUCCAAGUCGGUAAACUCUUUAAUGAGUUCACGGCACAAUUGUUGCCAAAAUCUUCGUGUAACUCGAACAAAAACUGUAUGCACUUAAAAGUCUCCAACUCAAUCUGAGUAGUGUGUUGUGUAAUGAAAUGAUAAGUGAAAUAGUGACACUAAGGACAAUGUAACUUUAUAAUCGUGAAAUCGAAAUGAACAUUCAGCGAAUAAGCGCUAGUGGACUCGAAGACUCGAUAUGUGAACCAGUGAAGUGUUUUUGUGUUUGGAAUGUAAAAACCCAUCGAAUGAGGUUACGCGUUAGCACUAUGCGUGCCUUAGCUUCGGACGAAUCUCGCAGGGAACCCACAUAAGGCCAUUUCAUUUCAUUUAUUUAUAGCAAUUAAAUAAAAUGAAAUGAAAUUUCCAAUACGACUAUACUGCCAUAUUACGUAAGAAAUUACUAGUUUUAACAUAGUCUUCGCUUAGUUAUUAAACUACUAAUACAUAAUUAUAUUUUCUGUAACAUCAGUAUUAAAAUGGUGUAUUUAUAUCUUUAAAUAAUUCAGAUAAACGUAAUGUGCGAAGUGAUUAGAUACUUUAAAUUUUGGACCAAAAAUAUCUUAAGCAAUCAAAUUCACGUUGCCAUAGGUAAUCGCGAUUACUGCCAAUUACUUUUGUACGACUAACCCCACUUGCAUUAACUAUAAUCAUCUGUGCCUACUAUACCUACCUGAAACCCAGAACAAGAAUAAGAAAAACUCGGCUACUUUUUAGACUAAGUUGUUAUAAAAACGGCAGCCCCUCAUUUUAUAACCUGUACGUACCUAUCUGUAAUGAUUUCGCAGCCAUUUAAAAACUGCUUCUUUGUUACCAAUUUCGAGAAAGACGUAAAUAAUAAUUUAAGAUUAAAGUUUUUGCAAGUGUGAGAUAUAUUAGACUAAGCUUUACUGUAUUGUCUCCAAUCAGUGUUUCAUACAUACAAUAUUAUUAGAAUCAAAUGUAAUAUGUAAUAGUAAUAAGUGCAUUUAGUAAAGUAAAAAAUGUUAGUUGAAAUCUAGGACCGAUUACCGGUAUUCUUUUCUUUUCAUACAAUAUAACCGCUAUUUAAUCUAAUUAUACAGCAUUAGUACUACAGCACAAAUUCAAAUCAUCGCGAGACAUCUCAUAUUAAAUUAAUACCGGUAAUGGUUCUUACUCUAAAUAUGACAAAGCCUAUGGGAACUUUAACCGCUAGUCAAAUCAAUGGCAUAUGUCCUACGUGAUGCGAUUUGGUCAGUAAAAAAUAUUUCUAAUGCUCAUCUCCCUAUUAAUACUGUAAAAUUCACAUAAUCUGAUUUGCAGUACCGGUAUGUUAAUUGAAAAUCCAGAACCUGUGUUUUAAAAUCGGUAGAACGAACAAGUGAACGGUA